GUUCUCAUCGCCAUCCCAGCGCAUGACGCUCUUCAUUGAUGUUCCCCACGACGUUGCAAAGACUGACCUGGACAUCGACAAUCUCAAAAGCAUUUCCAAAAACAAGGCCUGGAGCGACCUGCCUGUUCUCAUGAAGCUAAAAAGCACUCCCAAUUCUGACUACAAGACACAGCACUUCAUUCAGGAGCAGUCAAAUGGCAAGUACACGAACAUCAAUCAUGUCUACUUGACAAAGCAGAGGCUCACGCAAGUUAAGCUAGAGUCCAGAGUUUUUUGUGGGGACGCUCUACGACACUGCUUGGGGUCAACGUAA